AUGAAAUUAAAAGUAAUAAGGCAAAGCAAAAGUAAUAUCUCUCCUCCUCCUCUCUCCCUCCUCCCUCUCCUCUCCCUCCUUCUCCCUCUCCUCUCCCUCCUUCUCCCUCUCCUCUCCCUCCUUCUCCCUCUCCUCUCCUCCUUCUCCUCUCCUCCCUCCCUCUCCUCUCCCUUCUCCCUCCUUCUCCCUCUCCUAUCUCCUUCUCCCUCCUUCUCCCUCUCCUCUCUCCUUCUCCCUCCUUCUCCCCUCUCCUCUCUCCUUCUCCCUCCUUCUCCCUCUCUCUCCUUCUCCUCUCCUUCUCCCUCUCUCUCCCUUCUCCUCUCUCCUUCUCCUCUCUCUCUCCUCUCUCUCCUUCUCUCUCUCCUCUCUCUCCUUCUCCCUCUCCUCUCCUCCCUCUACUCUCUCCUUCUCCCUCUCUCCUCCCCCCUCUCCUUCUUCUCCUCUCCUCUCUCUCCUCCCCCUCUCUCCUUCUUCUCCCUCUCCUCUCUCUCCUCCCUCCCCUCUCUCUCCCUCUUCCCUCUCUCUCCUUCUCCCUCUCCUCCUUCUCCUCUCUACUUCUCUCUCUCUCUGUAUCAUUUUCUCUCUUUGAGUCUUUUCAUUAGGCAUCAAGGAUAUUUUUUUUUGUUGUAA